CUUAGGGCACUUGACCCUUCAUCUCAUCCUCUUCCAAUUUGCCCUAACCCUCCUUCAAACACUCCCCCUGAUCUCAUUUAUUAUCAAAUAUCCUUCCCUUCUUCACUCAAAUUAAACUCUCUUUGCCUCCUCCAAGCCCAAGUUACUAACCAGUUAGCCAAAGAUGAAGAUGAUCGGAAGCCCUUCGGUCGGAGGGUCGAAGAGGAGGCUCUCUUCGGGAAGGGGGCUCGGCGGUGCCCUUCGAGAGCAAAGGGCUAAGCUCUACAUCAUUAGAAGAUGCGUUGUCAUGCUCCUCUGCUGGCAUGACUGAUGAAAGAAGAUUGAUUACUUACUAGUACUGAUCCGGAUUGUUCUAGCUAGCCAGUUAUUAGCCUAAUUGGUUGUUCCUUGUUUUCCUCCUUUUUAUCUUUUUCUUUUCCGGCGGAUGUAAAUAUGGUAACGCGCAGAGGCGGAAGCGCCACAGAUUUUGCCGGAGAAUUGACCCAAUUUUGUAAUCGGUAGGCCGUAGAGGGGCCAUGGAUAUUGUACAUCUGAUUGAAUAUCAUAUAGCUUGAAAUUAAUCAUAUCGAAUCUCUAAAUCCUUGGUUUCUU